CGACAGUCUUAGCCUGGUCGGUGUGACGAGUACAACACAAACGCUUUGAGGUACGGAACGCGUGCGCACGUUAUCGUCGGACGUCGGUUAAAAAAGUUUUGUACUUUGCUUUGCAUUUUGAGUGUGUGCGUAUUUAGUGGUUGUGUACGUCUGUGUAUGUUUGUGUGUAUGCAUGUGCGUGAACACGAGUCGAUGACGAGUAUAUGAGCCUGAAAUUGCGGAAUGCGGUGGAUGAUGUCAGCAAUAUGUGUGUCAAGUGUACGGCAAAUACGGAAAAACAACAUUUUUAGCAGUCUUUCAUCGCCCGCAAGCCAUUAAACAAAAGACUUAAGCAACGAACUCGUAUCAAAACUCAUUGAAUUUGUGUUGUGUGCAAGUUCGAAUGAAAAGCAGUUACAAUCAUUAUGAAGUUGCGCUUAUUUUGCAGAAAGUUUUCAACAAACAUCAAGUGUUACUAAUUAAAUUUAUGUUUGUGUGUGCGUUGCGUGUUUUUGUUUUAGUUCGCUAUUUCAAAACACCCCUUAAUCUACUUUAACACCGCAACACAUACAAAAAAGCUGCUAUGCUGCGUAUUUCAAGUGUUCGGUGUAAAUAAAUAAACAAAAUUAAUUUCACAAAAUAACAACACAUACAACAAAAAAAAACUGAAACAGUUGGUGUAUUUGAUUACAUAACACUCGCGCUCACUACUCGCGCCAUGCAAUUGUGCGGCGCUCUUGACCAAAUCCAUAGUCAUAAUAACAAUGAUAAUAAUAACAGCAAUAAGAAAAGCCAACAAAUAUGAUGCUAAAAGCAGCAAUAAUAACAACAAUAACAUGCAGACAGCCAGCGUUGAACAAUCGGUCGCCGCAAGCGUUGAGUGAAUGAAGCGACGGCUCAACCUCAAUAAGAAGCUGAAAUUUUAUAGCUUUUGGCAGCAUAUUAAAGAAAAGCAAUUAAAACCCCACACUAACGCCCGACAAGGAAGUGUAAAAGAAGAAAUGUUGAAAUAGAAAUAUUACAAAAACAAUGAGAGACACGCAACAAUUGCAACAACAAUAUUAACUGCAAUAAAACUCAAAAACUACAAAAUUAAUUUGUAUUUGGCAAACAUUUAAAUUAGAUUACGCAAAAUAAAAAAAUAAAGCAGCUCGAACAGCAAAAGGAGCGGCUAUUAAAUAUUGGACUCGCAAAAUUUAUUUGCUAAAACCAAAUGCAAAAUAUAUAAAAACUGAAAAGUUACAAAACUUAACGGGCUACGAGUCAAACGAACACAGACUGCAAAUAUGAAGUCAUUCACACAACUUGUCUAUGCGGCACUGCAAAUUAUCACAAUCGCCACUUUGGUCACACAUGGUGCACAAAUACCAACAGCAACGAAAGAAGCCCUGUCAGAAUUGGACGCCACCGCAGAAGCGUCCGAUUUCAUCUCCACAGCGAAAUCCAGCAUUGAACCCACAGUGCGAAUAAAAUGUUUAAGCGGUUCCAUGUUGAUAACCAUCAAAGAUGCACCGUUAAAUCAUGAGACUGGCCUCUUUAGUGGCAUGAUUUAUCCUAAGGGGCUGUCGAAGAAUUCGACAUGUCUUACCGAGUAUAGGGAUCAUGAUGGCCCAUUGCGAUACAAGUUACCGUUACGCAGUUGUAAUACCAUGCCACAAGAAACGGAUGACGGCGGCAUUGAGUUCUUCAAUACCAUUGUCCUGCAACCACAUUUGAAACUCAUCACCGACGCCGGUCGUGGUUAUCAUGUACGCUGCUCGUAUAAGAGUCGCGAUGCGGCUACGCCAAAGAAGAAGCAUGGACAACGCCGUAAAGCGAACAGUGGCAAGCAUGCGCAAAAGCCACAAGCGUUUCGUAGCGCUGAAACGGCAGCUGUGGGGGUGGGUAGCGAUCGUCGCGAUUAUGGUCGCUCAUUGGAUAAGUAUCGUGCCACAGGCGAUAAUUUCGAUCAGGAAGACGUCUAUGACGGUGACGACAGCGAUGAUGCUGUGGAUGUGGGCAAUCAAGAGGAGGACAGUCUCAAUGAGAUACCGAUGCCCGGUUGCCAUAUGAAAAUCUACAAUUCCGAGCAUAAAAUUGCUGAUGAUGUGAAAAUUGGUGAUCCGCUGACGAUUGUCAUCAGUAUUGACAAACAGGAGCUGUACGGUCUGCAUGUGGCCGAUUGUAUUGUGCGUGACGGUUUAGGUUGGGGUGAGCAACGGCUGUUGGGCGAUGAUGGUUGCCCAAUGGAUAAUGAGAUUAUGGGCCAAUUCAACUACACCAGCGAUCAUUUGGCGGCCAAUGUUACCUUCCCGGCACACAAGUUCCCCUACACCACAUCCGUGUACUAUCAGUGCAAUGUGCAUUUGUGCGCCCUGCAGGAUCCCGAGUGCCAAAUGCCUCCUACGUGCAGCGGCAAACGACCGAAACGACAAACUAACAACGAUAACAAAGACGAAGACGGCCAACCGGCCACCAUCGAAGUCUACUCCGGUCUGUAUGUGAACGAGAAUGUGGAUGUGUCCGAAGGCGAUGAUGAUACAGUGCUCAAGGAGCGGACACUUGAGGAUGCGUUGUGCGUGUCGCAGCGCACCUUCGCCAUUGCCAUAGCAGUCGCCGGUCUCAUAUUGAUGUUGGCCGUCGUUGCCGCCGUACUCUGCAUUAUGGCCCGAAGGAGCACGAAGAGUGUGUCGAAUUCGGGCAGCUCCAUUUAUAGUGGUCCCUAUACGAAUACAGCGUUCUCGCAUAGCAGUUAAAUGCAAAAUAUUAUAUAUACACAAACAUACAUACACACGUCAACACUUACAUAUAUUAAGAGUUAGGAAUUAAAUAUUUAAUUUUUUUUGCAAAAUUUUUAUUUUUUAGAGCUUUUUAUUUUCAUGCGAAUUUUGUAAAUUUUAAUUUUUGAAAAUAAUUUUUAAUAUUGAAAAUUUUUAGUUUUAAAAAUAUUUAAUUUUUGAAAAUUUUUAAAUUUAAAAAUUUUUAAAUUGUGAAUUUUUCUACAUUGAAAAUUUUUAAAUUUUGAAAAGUUUUAAUUUUUGAAAAAAAAAAUUUCGAAAGUUUGUUUUUUGAAAGAUUUUCUUUAUUUUUCUGUUUACACACGCACACAACACCACACAUGAACACUAAAAGUGUUUUAAAGCAAAACGAAAUAUUGAUGUAAGAGAAGUUAAAAAUUUCUUUGUACACUGCCGCUGCAAAUAAGCGCAGUCUAUAGUAGUCAUUGUGUUUAGUUGUUAAGGUCACAAAUAACGACGAAUAAGUGGAAAUAAAAAAAUAAACAAUAGUUUUUUCUCGUAUAAAUGUGUAAGGCGCAGAGCAAAAGUGUAGAAAGGCAAAGAAAAAGAAAACUAAAAUAUUUUUCUAAUUUUUCCGGCUGCACUUUGCUCAGCGCCAACUCGAGCUGCCCAUAAAAAUGCAAUUAAUUAAUUAAUGUAUUAAUUAAAAUAAUGAAUGUAUUAACUUUAAGUUUAUAGUAAGCCACGGCACACGCUUCCUAGCAAAGCAAGUCUUUACAUUUAUUAUAAAAUAUUGUAUACCCAAUACCAUAUACACUCACGCACACACAAGCACACUUCAAUACAGUCAGUAUAUGUAUGUAAACAGCGCAGAUAUUACUGGGCAAUAAAAAAUUAAAUGGUAAAAUUAGUAAAAAAGAAGAGAAUAAAAAAUGUUGAUGAAAGCAAAAUAUGUAAGCUUAGAAGGAUUGCCCUUUAAUAUCGCAAAGGUAUAACACCUAAAAGUAUGCAAUGCAUGCUCGUAGGCGCCUUUGUUCAGCUGGAGCAAGUAAAAGUACUCAUAAAACUUGAAUUUUUUUUUUGGUGGUGGUCAAUUUGCUACACUUAAUCUUAACGCUUGGUUGGCGCGCCGCAGCAAAAAUGUCAAAUAUUACAACAAAAGUAUGCUUUUUGUUUUUGUGUAAUUUGUAUGUACAACGAAUGCGCACAACCUGCUCAGGUGAUACUAUUAACUAUUAAUUCUAAUAUAACGUAUAAAUAUUUAAAUUAUUAACCUAUUCUCCUCUAUAUUGAAAUUGUUUUUGUAUGUAUUCGAAAACCGAGAAUUUUGAAGAUUUAGAGAAAGAAAAAAAAUUAGAAAAAUAAAAUUUUUUAACAACUAAAAUUAAUAACUUUUCGUAUGGGCUUUUAACAUAAAGCAACAAAUUAAAGAUUUGAAAUACAACAACAAAAAAACUGUGAAGAAAUGAGAAGAAUAUUGUGUAUACUACGUACUAUCUUGUCAUUACAACUUAAAUCUUAAUAUUUUAACUUUGUAUGUACUUUAAAAUAUUUUUUUUUUACUAUUUAACUAAACUAUCAAAUCAGAUAUAAAUCGAACUAAUUUAUUUGUUAAAACCAAUUAUGUAGUAUGGGAAGUAGAAGUAGAAGAUGUAACCUAAAAAUGUAUGCGUUUUAAAUUCAUAAAAUGUAAAGUGUGUCGUUAUGGCGUGAAAAUGAAAUAAAAAUGUACUUAUAAAAUUUAUGAAAAUAAUAAAGGCCCUUAAAUUGAAACGUCCAGAAAA